AUGAUGAAGAUGGAAGUGAUUGAGAACAAGGAAGGGCUGUCUCCGGCUAUGUUGGGAAGCUGUAAUGAUCAUACAAGGCAGCUUCAUGCUUCUCUUUCAGUUUGUGAAUACUUUGAGUGGGCGCAAUUCGAGCACUCAAUCAAAGUGUAUCAACGCGAAUGCAAUUUGCAAAAUGACUCUUGGAAGUCUGAAUUAAGGGACUAUGAGCUCAACAGAAAUGGAAAUAAUGGACCACGUCUUCUUGAUGUUCUUGAAGGAUUCUUGAAGUUUGAGAUAGAGACCAUGGGUGGUAAUUCAAGGAGAGAAUCAGAAACUGAGACUUCAUCACGCCUUGAGUCUAGAAAAAACCUCCUCAAAGAUCAUAUGCUGCUUCUGAUAACUUACGAAGGUACACAUGUCUUCCAAAACCAUAGAAGAGGCGGGUCUGGUGGUUACAGAAAAGAUAAGUUGAGAAACGUUAAUAAAGAUUCACAUGGAGAGGUAAUGAGAGCUUCGUCGGCGCUAGAAAAUCAUCAGCUUGAUAGGAAAACCAAGAACUUGACAUUCUUGUUGUGUUUAUAG